GGCUUUUCAAAUUGUCAAUUGUUUUGUUAAUGACAUAUAAAUAUGAGUAGUUUAUAUAGCAUGUACAUAGUUUUGUUAUUAUAAUUAAUUAUUUUUGUUCAUUUUUCAAGUUUUUUGAAAUUUUUUAAAGGAAAAUUUUCUUAUGGUUUUUUGUUUAAGCAGAGCAUUAAUAUGAAUUACGGCAGGAAAACCCCUUCAUCAUACCGAUCGAAUCAUUCGGUGUAUUCACAUACAACAGCUAGGUCGGAUGCAUGUUCUAUUAAAUCACGCUCCGCUAGAUCGGUCCGCAUACCAUGGUACAGGAAACCUGUUUUAAAAAACAACGAGUACAUUGAUAUACAAAAAGGUGCACUUUUAGUUGGAAUCUUUUCAAUUUUUGUGGCCAUGUUUACUUUUGGCACAGGAAUAUUUGAUAUAUAUUGUCUAGCGAUGGCUGCCCCUGGGUCAACUCAUUAUGGAUAUUAUAUAAUUUCAUAUGAAUUCGUAUAUGUUGGAAAUAUUCAUAUUCGGAAUGCUCUAAUCAUAUUUGCUCUGUUUUCACUUUUAUCAUCAUUAGUAAUUUUUAUUACAAGUAUAUUGUUGGUGGUAGCUCUUCGCAAGUCAAAUGAACGUGGAAAGAAUAGGAAGCCAAAGGAACAUGAGCGAAAAAUCAUUCCUUGGUUAUGGACUUUUGCAGCUUUCACCAUAUUCAGAUUCUUCGCAUUUCUAUUUUUUUCAAUAGUCAACGAUUUAAUAUUUGCAUAUAAUAUUAUGAUGGUAUUAUUAUGGAUUUUAAUUAUUGGAAUUUCAACCUACGGUUGGUUGAUUGUAUAUUCUCUUUAUUUAGAGCUUGCUGAUCUAACCAAAUUAGAAGAUUUAGCGCAUUUAAGAAUGGGCACAAUGGCUUCACUAAAUGCUUCAACAACACAUUCCCUUGCUGGUUCUAGACCAACAACUCCACAUAGUACCGUAUCUACUAUGCCAGUGGGUUAAAAAGUCUUUAACAACAGAUUUGUGUUUAAGUCACAUAUCGUUUUAGAAAUAAGAACAACAAAAAAUUUUAAAUUUAAAACAAAAUUAAAAAUCUUUAAUACUUGUAUUAUCCGUCCAAUAUUAUCUUAAGGUUUUUUAGAAAUUCAAAUUUUAUAUACAUGUUUUUUUGUAGAUAUAAAUUUUAUUUUAUAUCAAUUUUCGAAUCGUAGUGUUAAGUUUACAUGAGAAACAAAAAUCAUUG